AAAAACAACAACAAGAGGGGACCACCAUGGAGCAGGCAGCGAAGAAGGCCAAGUCGGCUCCCACCAAAGCCAACGGCAACGGCCAUGGGGAGCAACAGCACCAACAGCAGGAGCUGUGGCCUUCCGUGCGCGCCUCGUUCACAGCCAUGAACACGGUCAACCCCAUCCGCGACCUCGUGGACACGAUGGAUAUCAAGGGCAACCCCGACAAGAGGAUGAUUGCCCUGUCCAUUGGCGACCCCACCGUGUUUGGAAACCUUCCAAAGUCGCCGGCUUCCACCAACGCUGUUAUAACAGCGCUCAAGUCUGGCAAGUGUGACGGUUACCCUCACUCUGCAGGGUAUCCUGCCAGUCGCAAGGCAUUGGCUGAGUACUUCUCCACAGACGGCCUCAAGUAUGACCUCGAGGACGUUGUCAUUGCCAGCGGCUGCUCGGGCGCCCUUGACCUUGCUAUUGAAGUGUUCAACCGCGUUGGCGGGAACAUGCUCAUCCCAGAGCCGGGGUUUUCCCUGUACAAGACCCUUGGCAUUGCCAAGGGGCUUGACAUGCGCGCAUACCAGCUCCUGCCCGACAAGAGCUGGGAGAUUGACCUUGCAGACAUGGAGGCGAAGAUUGAUGAGAACACCCUCGCCAUCAUCGUCAACAACCCAUCGAACCCUUGCGGAUCCGUCUACUCUGAGGAGCACAUCAAGGCUCUCAUCGAAGUCGCUGCACGCCACAAGGUGCCCAUCAUUGCCGACGAGGUGUACGCCAACAUGACCUUUGGUCGCAAGUUUGUGCCCCUCGCCAGCCUUGCCCACAACGUGCCUGUGCUGUCGUGCGGCGGGCUUGCCAAGCGCUUCCUUGUGCCAGGAUGGCGCGUGGGCUGGGUGCUGAUUCACGACCCCGUCAACGCCUUCACAGAGAACGUUCGCCCUGGCCUCCUCAAGCUGACCCAGCACAUUCUCGGCGCCAACAGCUUGAUGCAGGGUGCCAUCCCGUCCAUGCUCAAGGACACCAAGCCUGAGUUCUUCUCUUCCGUACUCUCCCACCUCAAGGAGAACGCAGAGCUGGUGUGCAGUAUGCUGGAGCAGGCACCCGGGCUGACCCCCAUCAUGCCCGCUGGCGCCAUGUACCUUAUGGUGAAGCUUGAGCCGAGCAUGUACAAGGACAUCAAGGACGACCGCGACUUUACGCAGAAGCUCAUCACUGAACAGAGCGUCUUCUGCCUGCCGGCUUCAGUCUUUGGUUCGCCCAACUUUUUCAGGAUUGUCACAACCAUCCCAAAGGCACAGAUGAUGACUGCGAUGGAGCGGAUCAUCGAGUUUGCAAAGGCGCAUGCAGACCAGUAA